AGGGAUGAUUUUGAGGAAAUUCUUUCCGAUCUCUUUUGUUUUAAUUAUCAUUUUUUUGAACCGCAAUAGACGAUUGCAAGGUUUGUCUUUCCUGCAUGUUCUUAACUUCUUGUUUGAUGCCAUAUUUCUUCAUCGGCUACAACUCUUCGGAAUGUCAACAUACCUAACGAAACGAGCGCAUCGACUAAGUACGUGCCGUGCAGCUUUUGCGCCUUAUGCAUCUUACUGAUCUCUAUUACGCUCGUCUAUACCAUUGCAACAUAAAAAUGAAUAAGUAUUCUGCUGAGGGGGCUACAACUGAGCAUAAGGUGAUUUUUUGACGACACUCCGGCGUUGAUUCACUCGCGCAAAUCAGACCUCCGCCUUUCAGAGUGCAUCUCUUGGAACACGGUCCACACAAAGACACCCACCGGGACCACGGGACAUUUUUUGAAAAUUAGGUGCUUUUUUCGUGCGUGUGCACCAGAAGGUUUUAUUGCCUGUCGGCAGCUCCGUACCCCUACAACGUCACCAGCGGACGAAGGAUGAUGCGCCAGCGAGGAAUCGGGGCGGGCAACGCGACGACCGGCGAAGUAGAGCACGUAAGGCUCCCACACGUGACGAAGCGCAAUGCGGUCCUUUCUCGUUUCCCGGUGAAAAAGGUCGUAACUACAUUAUGCUUUGGCAUUGCGGCAUGUCGUGCCAGUAGCGUGUGGCAGCCGGCGGGGCUCGCGCCGACCGCUACCCAGGGAUUGUUACGAACCGUGAGCUCCGCAAGGUUUUUCGGGGCAUUUCCCAAAAGUACUAGAGCGCGAAGUAGAGCAGCAGAACCUUCUUCACGACCGGCCGGCAACGUGUCGGUCGCAUCUGGUUUGGAAAGAGGAAGCACCGGAGCAGCGCGCGGCUCUACUUCCGCUGCGGAGAGCUUCCGAAAUUUUGCGCACGAGGGAAGAUUCCAGAACGAAGAGGACGCUGACACUGUCGCGUAUCAACACAAAGAAGAUCACAUCCCUCCUCCGAUGCCUCCUGCAGAAGUGCAGCACACGGCCGCAUGGCCGACUGACGCCGGCGGGCUCGCCAAACCUAGUGGACCACCUGGAGGUGGAGGACACCUCCAGGGGACGCCGUCCUCGCGCAACAUAAUAUUGAACGGUGUCGGAGCAAAGAAAAACACACAGGUGCCGCGCGAGCGUGUCUGCGAGCGGCAAUGGUUUUUGCAGGCAGAGAACGAGGAAUGGUCGCCCAUCCACGUGUACGCUGCCUUGGGCAGUACACAGGUGCUGCUGGUCCUGUUGGAGCAGCUUGGAUUUUCGCGCGACUGGUUAUCGGCCGAUGAGGAACUACGAGACCACCUCCACAUAAAAGCGACCCUUCCUGCUGGUGACCACGACGAGGCAAGAACAUCAUUUUGGUCCUCGCGUAGAAAAGCAGAAACGGCGAAAAUUGACGUAAACCUGCCGCAGCGCCUAGUCGACGCCGUCAACGCGCC